GAUGUUUGCCUUUGCCAGAAGUUACACCCACUUCACUGCUCCAGCCUGCUCACUCUCGUUCUGAUCUUUGCCACAUUUUCAACCCUUAACUUGUUUGUCUUUGUCUAAGAUGGCUUUGAGUGAGAAAAGUGACGGGGAGAUCAGCAAGUUGCUUGCUGAGUAUGGCAUCAAACAUGGACCCAUAGUAGACUCUACUCGAAAGCUGUAUGAGAAGAAGCUUGAAGAAGCCAUGGAGAAUGCUCAGAAGCAGCCCUCGUCUGAUAAGACAUACUACAGAGAGGAAGAGGAGGAGGUUACCUACAUCACAUACCACAGUCCGGUUAGACAAGAGGUUUAUUCAGACAUGCUGAAACGAAGAGGCCACCCUGAGCCAGAGGAAGACGAGGAGUCAGACCCAGAUACAGAACCCCCUGUCCAGGUCACUAACAGAACAGCCAAUCACAGCGCAGUACGAUCCAAGGAGCCAGUCAAGAAGUCUGGAAGCAGCUUUUGGAAGAUGAUUCGGCUGCUGCUGCUGUUAGCUGUGGUAGCAGCCGUCCUCUACUACGCCUACUGCCGUGUGAUCAACAAUGAAGAAAAUCCUUUUGCGAGUCUGUGAUCAGAUUUAUUGUUAGGAAGACAGGGUUUUUUACCAUUCCAUUUCUCCUCUGUUAAUAUCAGUAAUAGUACUGUUUUUUUUUUGUUUUUUUUUCAUCCCAAUGCAAAGUUUCACCACAUUCCUUACACUUUUAAAGGCUGCUAAUAUUCUAUAUUUCUUAGUGUCACCAAAUACAAUGAAAUGAUAAAAAAACUACAGUCUGUGCAUCCAAAGUAGGGAUAGGCAUCAAUUUUCGGUUAUCGAUGAUUGAUUGUUAAGGAUUUUGAUCGAUCACAAAUAAUUUUGCUCGAUAGUCGCAGUGUUUCCCCUAAUUACAAUGCUACAGGCCCGGCGAGCCACCGUGCUUAUGAGACCCCCUGCCGGACCUAUGUCAGGCAAAAAAUCAUAAACAGACAGAGGCUCUCAUCGCUCUCCAAAGCUUGGCUGCUUCCCUUGAGCCCUCUCAAAACAUUAUGCCAUUGAAAGACGGAGGUUUCGCUGAAAACUGAAGCCUGUAACCCCUGGCUGGCAACGUUUGUAAACACCCAGGGGUGAAUUGCACAUGCGCGCCAUUCUUCUUCUUUGGCCUGGGGGGGUUGAAGCUCAGAACUGGGGCAGCUGCACUCUCUUGCGGCGACAAUCUGCACUGCACUCUUGUUUUCUCUCUUUUGAAAUACUUGCUUAUCAAUUAAUCGAUAAUUGAUCGUUAUUUUUUUUUUUUGAUGACCGAACAAUGAAUUUUGAUCAUUUGCCCAUCCCUAAUCCAAAGCCUGGUAUAUCUCAUUUCUCAGGGUCAUCAGUGUUUGGGGGCGAUGGUUUGUUGGGGCGGCAGUAGCUCCAUCCAUAGGGACUAAGGUGGGGAACCGAAGGGUCGCCAGUUCCCCUCCUGGGCAUUGCCGAUGUGCCCUUGAGCAAGGUACUGAACCCCCUACUGCUCGGGGUGCCUGUCCAUGGGUAGCUCUCUCACUCUGACAUCUCUCCAUUUAAAACAUGUAUAGGUCCUGUUGGUGCAUGUGUGUGUAUUUCAGGCCUGUAUGACAACAGUGAAAAAAAAAGAAUUUCCCUUUAAGGAUCAAUAAAAUAUAUCUUCUUCUUCCCCAACCAUUAAAUUGGGGGGUCUAUUAGACCCCCCUGAAGGCCUUAUUGGCGAGGAAUUAAGGAUGUCAUUAAUUUGUUUUGUUUUUUAUGGUUCCACACUAGCACUAGUCAUGGCCUGAGGCAUUAUGUUUUCAGUUUGUCUGUCAAGUACGUACGUACAUACAUCUGUAUGUCUGUCCCAUUCUACUGAAUGCGAUAUCUCAGCAACGCUUUGAAAAAGAAUUUCCAAAUAUACCUCAAACGACCACUUGGACUCAACGAUGGUUUUGGUGGUCAAACAUCAAAGGUAGUUUUAACCGUGCGUCUGUCUCAUUCGCAUAAAUGCAGUAUCUCAGCAACACUUUGAAGGAAUUUAUUCAGAUUUUGCACAAAUGUCCACUUGGACUCAACAAUGAACUGAUUAGAUUUUGGUGGUCAAAGGUCACUGUGACCUCAAAAAAUGUUUUUGGCCACAACUCGAGAAUUCAUACGAUAAUAAUGACAAAACUUCACACAAAUGUCUGAUAGGAUAUAAUGGCAUAGUGAUGACAUUUUAUAUCCAAAAGGUCAAAGGACAUCUUCACUGUGACAUCAUAAUGGUCUGCAAAAACACUUCUGACCAUUAUUAAACGUCAUGACUCAGAAACAGAUGGGGAGACAUUUGGUUAGAUGCUAAAUUGGUGACACUAAUCUUUUGUGUCCACCUUAAAACUGUGCUGAUUGUACAGAUCUUCUCUGCUGCCAGGUUGAAGAUGUGUGUGAAACGUUGUUCUAGAAUCUGUAUGUAUCCAUAUUUGAAGCAUUGUCUACUGUCAGGAUUACAUAUGAGUCCGGACAGACAUGGAUAAAAACUGUAACUGCAACUUGACUGCUUUUAUAAUAAAUGAAUAUAUAGAUUUAGAUAUUAAGAAAUACACUUUUAAACAUUUAGGGUUGAAAUAAUGUCCCUUAAUCAUGUAUAGUUCCAGUAUGAAUGAUUGAGUGUUUUCUCAGACCAUGCAUUAUUCGUUUCAGCUUUAGAAUGCAAGGUUGCAGCAGUAUGCACUGCUAAAGAUUUCCAUCUUUACUGAGCUUAGUGCUGAGAGUCACAGACAGGCCAGGAUAAAGACACUAGACAGAGUAUUGAGAUGCAGACAAACACAUAGUGAGACUGGUCAUGGUUUUGGUCUUUUCAUGGGAUUUGUUGACAACAAGGAAAAUUAGGAAUAUCGCUCGCCCUUUGCUUUAAUUUCUUUGCAUGAAAUGUUGCACUAUGUUUUCCAGCUAUGCAGAGCUCUGUGUGUUUGAUUUCUUAUAUGCAGCUGUCCUCUAAUGUGAUUUGUUCUUAUUUGUGAGAUGCACAUGAUGAUGUCAUGUAGUACAAACUGACUGGUGAACAGAGGCUGUCCUUUACAUUACGUCAGAUCAAAAACCAAAGGCUGUUGUGUAUAUGUGCUGAAAAAUCUUUGAAAAAGAUAAAAUAAAAAAUCUCUCCAGCUCCCUA